AGCUUGUACUAAACGCAUCCAUUCCGGAAUGGGUUCGAACAAAACAUAAACAUCGAUUGAGAAGGGAAUCUAACAAUGAUAGAAAACCAGCAUCGGGGACAUCUGGAGCAAAUUCUCAGCAGAAGUAAGGCUAUUACCAAAACUAGAAGUGGUUAGUGCAUAGUUAUCAUCAAAUGAUUCAUCAGAAACAUGCAUUUCAAAGAUUGAUAUCAUAUCUGUAGUGAUGGUUACGAAAUGGACAAAAUCAAAAAGACUGAUUAGGACAAAUAAAAGCCGAUUAUAAACCACAUACCACGUAAAGUUAUCUUAAAACAUGGAUUCACAGCAACGCCAGCGUGAUCCUAUUCGGGAUAUUUUCUCAAAUCCCAGUUUGUGGACAAAGGGCAGUUCACGUGAUAAAAUGGAAGCGAUGUCAAAGCUUGAUUCUAUAUUAUAUAGCACAAUAAACAACAUGGUCAAGAGUGAACCAACAAAUUUGAAUGACAAUAUUUGUAAUUCACAUACCCCUAAAACCGUGACUGGUAAUUCAGUCCCCAGUUUGAUUAAUUCUUCGGAAACAAACUCGCAACAUCUUUUCAAAGAAGCAAACCCAUCAAAUAGUAAUGCUGCUAUUAAUAAUCCGCAAAUUGAUUCAAAUCAGUUUGCAACCAAUGAAACAGGGUCUAGUUCUUCAAGGAGAAGUUUGGCAUUCAAGAAAAAACAAAGUCUUCAAAAGGAACCUCAAGUAACUUCUGACGUGAAUGCAGUGAUUGAUGUGUAUGGGAAAUCUGCAAAUGAUCAUCAACAGGGGUCAAAUUCAGCUGAUCAUUUUCCAAAGAAUCCAGAAGAAAGUCAUGAUGAGAUUCCCAGAAAUGAUGACAAAGUUUCACAGUUGGAGGAUGAAAAGGAAAUACAAAUGUACACACGAUUUUCAGGCAACAGUAUGUUUAUAGAAAUGGGAGAUCAUUCAAACACCGUAGACUCGGGGGCUAAUGGUGCUAGUUUGUCAGCUCCUGAGCCAGUGGAUGAAAACACUGCUUACCUGGAGUCAGUGGUGAUAGAAAAUGAAUCGGGAAACGAACAUUUCAAUGGAUUGGAGACUGAUGUAGGUAAUGAUAGUGCAAUAACCGAGGAACAAAACCGCCUUAAGCCUGUGAAAGGCACAAGGAAAUAUUUUGUUAAAAUUAUCAAUGGAAAGAAGUUCCAUGAGUGUUCAAUGUGCACUAAGCUCUUUAGGACUAGAGCAGAGAGAAAGGCACACAACAAGAUGCACAAAGAAACCAUCAUGGAUGUUGAUGUGAAAAUUAUUGAUGGCAAGAAAUGGCGCGAGUGCUCUGAAUGCUUUAAGCUUUUUAAGACACGCAAGGAGUUACGUAUUCAUUUUCGCAUUCAUUCCAAUGAAAAACCAUAUUCCUGUGAAGUUUGUGGUAAAGCUUUUAAACAAAUUGCACAUAUGAACUCUCAUAUGAAAAUUCACUCUGGUGAGAAACCACACACUUGUGAUCUAUGUGGGAUGAAUUUCAGUGAAAGGUCAAGUUUGAAGCGCCAUAUUCGUCGACACUUGGGUAUACGUCCAUUUCAGUGCGACAUAUGCGAGAAGACGUUUUAUACGAGCACCACACUAAAAUCGCACAAAGAAUCUCAUGAAAUUCGUUCUGGCACAAAAGCACGCUACGAUUGCACAAUUUGUAAGAAGAGUUACUCUAGGAAAGAAACUUUGAAUAAGCAUAUGAAGACUCAUGACCCAGAGCAAAGGAUUACGUGCGAACAAUGUGGAUGUUACUUCUUAACCAAAGCUCACCUUAAGCGCCAUCAGCUAACCCAUAAAGUUGCAGAAGACACAAAUGAAGACUACAAGAAGUUCUUCUGCGGUGUUUGCGAGAAGAAGUUUUCAACUGAUGGUCUACUUAAAUCACACAUGACUACUCAUAAAACUGAGAGAAAUUUUGCUUGUGACCAAUGUCCUUGUACCUUCAAAGAUAAGUAUGCCCUUCAAAGACAUGCUUAUGUUCACAAUCCUGUAGAGCGGGAGAAGAAAGCAAGUCAUUUGUGUGAACAGUGUGGUAAAAAGUUUUUGUCACGUAGCAGUUUACGUUACCACUUGACAACACACAUGGGCAGCAAACCAUUUUCAUGUGAGGUAUGCAGCCGAACAUUUUCUCGAGAAAGAGAUUUGAUAAAGCAUGUCACGAUUCAUGAAAAAGACACUGAUUUUAAAUGUCCGGAAUGUGAAGAAACCUUUCAGUUAAGGAAACAGUUGCUGUUACACAUUUCAAGACGUCAUCCAGAGGAAGAAAAAAUUCAUCAAUGCAAGAUAUGUUUGAAGAUUUUUAGUCGGGAUGACACUUUGAAAUGUCAUAUGAAGAGACAUGAAGGAACAGCAUAUCAAUGUGAUAUAUGCGACAAGAUAUUCGACAGGAAAUCCAAUCUCAAGGUUCACAAGCUUACACACACCAUGACCAGUGAUAUACAGUGUCCCUAUUGUCCAAUGAAAGUUCGAUACAAAAGAAGUUUGGUCAGGCAUAUUGCGAGGAGGCAUAAAGAUGUGGCCAAUCCAGAGUUUGAGGAACUUUUACAAGAUGGCUUAGCAAAAGAAAAUUCUGAAUACCAAAAUUCUUUGAUGGAUGAAGAGGAAAAGCAUUCUCUUAAUCAGUAUUAUGAUGAGGGAAAUACAAGUCCGUCUUUGGAAACAGAAAAUCUCUCAAAUGAUGAAGACAGUGCUUCUGUGACUCCAUAUAAAUACACUGCCAUCGAUAACAAUGAUCAGUCGGAGGAAAAUGACAGUAGUUGUUCUUCAUAUCCAGAGCACGAUUCUCCUAUUGGUGGAUCCAAGCAUUCUUUUGAUGACGAGGAAAGCUCUUCAGCAGUACCAAUGGAUGAGUGUUCAUCAAAUCUAUCAGGGAGCCGGACACCCAUUGCAAUCGAUCAUUCAGAUGAGGACGAACCUUCAGUAGAUACACAAAGAUUCAGUGAGGAGGACGGGUCAUCAACUGAUGAUUACACAGACUAUGAGGACUUUAAUGAUGUACCUGAGAAAUGUAUUUAAGUUGCAUGUAGAUAUGUAAAUCUUUUUAGAACAAUUUUGAUGAGAUUUAAAGGUAUAUAUACAUGUAGAACAUGAUUCAGUAAUGGUACUUGUGUAUUUUUUUUGGUGAAAUUUGUGUUAUGUUGUGUUGCAAUUUUUUUUUAUUUCAUUCAGUAAUGCAUAACAUAUUUUACAAAAAUGUCCGAGACAUAUAAUAGGAUAAUGUAGUGAACAUGUAUUUUUCAUAAUUUCAGAAUUUUUUUGGACAUGGUUGAACACUGAAAUCCAUUUACUUUUCUGUAUAUUUUUCUCUCUGUUUAAUGGUACAUUGUAUAAUUUGAUUAAUCAAGUUUUAACAUAAAUAAGCAAAAAAUGCAUGUUGAUAGAGUGUUGUGUUGUAGUUGCAAAUGCAUUAAAUGGUAAUUUCUCUUUAAAGGUAGCUCAUUACACCAAGACUUAAUGAUAUACUUUUUAUAAUGUCCACUAUGUCACAAGAUGGCAAUUUAAAUGUUUUGUGAAAUUAUUUGUUCUGAUCGAUUUGUUUAUCUCUCAUCAUAGCUUCUCGGGUUACAGACCUGCAGAUCCAGAGUUCAAAACUGCCAGGGUCUUAUGUUCCUAUUUUACUGUAGAAAAGUUCUGAAAAUAAUGUUGUUUUUCUUUUUUAUCUAGAAUUGCACAUCUUCGGCCAUUUUGAUAUACAUGUAUGUAUUUAUUACAUAUUAUAUCUUUCAUGAUUAAAUCAGUUCAUGCUAAUUUGAGAAACUUUCAAGGUCUAGUGAGGUAAUAGAGUAAAAAUCUCUAUAUCAAGGUGUAGAUGCUUUUAAAAUUUUAUAUAUUGCAAUAUAGUAUUUCAUUACCAGUACCUAUAACUUGUCUACUUUAGUCAAACACUCGAGCUUUUUAAAUCAGAUAAUGUUUCAGGUUGUUUUUUUUUUUAACUUUUCCAAAAUGAACAUAUAUGCCAUACAUGUAUCAAAUCAAUAAACGAGUUACACACUGAGCUAUUAUGUGGUCUUAAAGAAAAGUUAUUUUUCGUUUUGAAAGCGAGAAGAAUUCAAGAAUUGCUGUCAUAGCAUUCUACUGAUCAGAAGACAAAAAAUUAUUCCAGUCCAGGUCAAGUGUUUGCAAUUAUUAAAGUGGUACAAAUAAUUUGUUACUGGAAUCAAGAAUAUCGAUAUUUUCUUUAAUUCAUGAAUAAUUUCUGCAUGAUGUGAUAAAGUUGAUCAUUAUGGAUACGACUCGAGUGAGUGUUGUGGCAUAUGGGCAUUUUAAGAUUUAUAUGGGCAAUUCACAUUCCAGUUGUCUACAAAGUGAUUAGAGGUCCUAGACUAAUAAUAUAUGUGUAUAUUACAUGUACAUGUGAUUAGAGAUCCUAGACAAUAGUAAUGUAUGUAUAUUACAUGUACGUGUGCUUUUUAUCAAAGAUGGUUUUAAUAUAUAUAUAAAUAGAUGUAGAUAUGUACCUGUAUCAUGUUUGGAGUUGUACAUACUUUUAGUUUUAUUAGUCCGGGGAGGGAGUAAUAUUGUACCAGAAUACAACAUAUACAACUGCAUGCUAAACAUUUUUUGUUACAUGUAUUAUUAUAAACAGAGAUCAUGUUUUGAAAUUCAAGCCUUUUAAUUUCAUUCAUCACUAUUGAUGUAAAAUGGAAAAAUUCACCCAGAUACCUACAUGUAAGUUUAGGACAUGUAUGGGAUUGUGUAGUCUGUGUAUUUGUAAGGUAUAGUGUAAUAUUUCAUUUGAGUCACUGUUGCUAGUAUUUUGUUGUAUUGGAGUCUUUCCUUUUUAUACGAUUUGAAAUGCCACUCCGAAUUGUGUCUAUUUUGGAUGAUUUAGUGUACAUUUGUGUUAUUAUGUUGAAAUUUUAAUAACUAGUUUGUUUUAUCUUUCAUGGAUAUACAUGUAUUUAAUCAUCAAUAUGCAUUUGUGUUAUUUAAUAAUAAAACACAAUAUAUAGUACAUGUA